AUGAAUACUUUUACAUUUGGAACCCAUCCAUUGGAUUCUUGCAUAAAUUAUCUGACCCAGAUUUUGAAAGAUAUUAAAGGGCUUUACAACUAUGGGUUUGGUUAUGUAUCAGCCACUAAUGACUACAAAGUUGUUGUGGCCGCUCAAUUGAAUGGUCCAAAUGACAUAAGUGAUAGAGACCAUGUUGAGGUCUUCUCCUUGAGAGCUAACUCCUGGAAAAAGGUUCAAGCUCUCAUAUUAUCCAAUGAGUCGAAUCAGAGCGCUCUUUCAAAUAAGGCACUGCAUUGGUUACACACAUUGCUUGGACCAUACGGUUACACACAAGUUGUAAUUGCUUUUGAUUUGGCAAAUGAAGAGUUCCAAGAAGUAAUGUUGCCUAAUUUUGAAGAAGAUAGGAUAAGUCUCAUAAAAGUAGAGGCGCUUUUAGAAGGAUUUUUGUGUGCAUGGGGUGAUGAGGAGCCUGAUUUUCAAUGUAUUGAAAUCUGGGUCAUGAGAGAAUAUGAUGUGUGUGAAUCUUAG